AUUCUGCUAUCCGCCAACCACCCACAAUCAUCUCUCAACCGCUCAAUAAUUAUCCAUCAUGUCGACUCGCAAGCGCACUAAACGCAAUGCAUCCACUGCAUCCAACGCUAGCGCAGCUCAAGUUGCCAAUGCAUCUUCUUCUAACAUCGACAAAUCUACCUCCACAAAUGGCAGAGCCCCUGGCGAAGACGGGAAGAAGAUCGAUACUUCUAAUCUCCCCCCUCCACGACCUAAAGAAAAAUUCUUGAAAACCGUCCCACCUCCACUGUCUACGACAAGCACAAGCCGUUUCUUUUACACCCUCGCUCUUCUCGCAGCCCUGACAGGGGCGUUUUACGCUUGGCGUGUGAUGCAGUGGAAGGGUGAGGUCGGUGGGUGGUGGAACUUGGCUAUGGGAAAGAGACCACCCCAGCUGAGGACGCAGGAGGAAAACCACAACCAAUAUGAUGGGCUGAGCGGAUGGUUCGCCAGUCGAACUGGAUGGACAUCACCUAAAGCAGGGAAGAGUGGCGAGGAAGGAAGCCAUAAAGUGGAAGAUAGGUUAAAUGCCCUUGCUGAAGCGCUCGGUAUGCCUUCGCAUGACGUUGCCUCUGCCAUCGCGGGUGCUGUGAGGGAUCAUGUCCCGCCUGCAAGUCUGUCGUCUAUUGCAGCUCAAGAGACAGGGUCAGCUGUGAAAAUAUUAGUCGGGGUACCCCAAGGACGUCCAGCUGAAGGAGGAAGCACCGGAGGCUUAUACGAAGGCAUUGAGAGAAUCGUUGGCAUGGACGAACCUCCGGAAGAGGCUAUGUAGGGGACUGAUUUGAGGAUAUGAUAGAUGAUUUGGCUGCUAAAGUUAUUAUACUGUAAUCUUGUCUUAUACUUAUAUAUGCGUACGAAUCCAUCUAUGAUGUUCUAUGAUUGAGACUU